AUGUUUGUUCGGGAGACCAAUGAGUGUGAGCAGCUUUACAGUUUGGAUGUACUCGGUGUUGAGGACCGCAGCGAGAAAGACCAGAUGGAGGUGCUGACUGACUUUCGAGAAAGUGUAACAAGGCAAGAGGACGGUCGAUAUGAAGUAAGUAUACCAUGGAUUCCUGGAGCCAGAUUGUACGGUACUAACGAACAGCCGAGCAGAAUAGCCUAGCCAAUGUCAACAAGAAGUUGAGUAAAGAUCGAUCAUUAAAAGUAGAGUAUGAAAAGAUAGUUAAAGAUCAGCUUGCCAAUGGCAUCGUAGAAAAAGCCCCAGAAAAGCCAGCAGGAAAACGUACAUAUUACAUGCCUCACAAGCCUGUGAUCAGGGAAAACGCAACAACAACAACAACAACAAAGAUCAGAAUGGUUUUUGAUGUCAGCGCUAAACCAGCCCCAUUGGCUAACAGUAUUAACGAAUGUAUGUUCACUGGACCGUCCUUGCAACCACUACUUUGGGACAUCUUGAUCAGAGCGCGUAUGACACCAAAUCUACUUCUGGCAGAUAUCCAGAAAGCCUUUUUGCAAAUUGGUGUUAAGGAAACGGACAGAGAUGCUUUUCGAUUCCUGUUCGAAAUCGAUGGAAAAGAGGAACAUUUCCGGUUUGCAAGAUUACCAUUCGGCGUCGAAGCCAGUCCCUUUCUGCUUGGAGCAACGUUGGGAUACCACCUUGAGCAACAGCCGACAAGAUUUGAGGAAACUGUGACAGCUCUUAAAGAGAAUACAUAUGUUGAUAACAUCAUGAAAACUGGAAGCGAUACUGACGACUUGAGGAAAUUUAAAGAAGAAAGCUCCAUAAUUCUUGAGGAUGCCAAAUUCCCAAUCCACAAGUGGGAAUCAAACAUCGCGUGCCUCGAAGACGAAAACAUGCCAAACCCAAGUAAAAUACUCGGACACGUCUGGGAUAAACAAGAAGAUACAUUAGAAUUCGAAGCAGCAACCAUGCCUGAGAACCAACCAGUAACAAAGAGGAGCAUUUUGAGUCGGUUAGGAAGAGUCUACGAUCCUUUGGGAAUGGUAUCGCCUACCAUGGCUGAGGGUAAGCACAUAUUUCGAGAUGCCUGUGAAGAAAGAAAAGGUUGGAACGCUGAAGUGUCAGAAUCCUUGAAAAGAAAGUGGAUCAAGUGGAACAAUCAAAUGAAGAAUGUUAAAGUUCCUAGAGCUAUAACUAAGAAAUCGGACGUGAUUGAAGGCAUUCAACUCCAUUUGUUUACAGAUGCUAGUAACCUUGCUUGCUGUGCAGCAACAGUCGCAGUGGUAGAGCACAAACCAGGAACUGUGAAAGGUCUGUUAACGUCCAAAUCUCGAAUUUCCAAAAAGAACACCACAAUACCGAGGUUGGAACUUGUGAGUGGUCAAAUGGCGGCGAACAUGGCAAGGAAUUUAUAUCAUGCGCUACUGCGAUUGCCUGUUAAGUCUAUCAUCAUCUGGGUGGACAGUAUGGUCGCGCUUUACUGGUUAAGUAACCCUGGAAAGCCUUGGAAGACUUUCGUCGCUAAUAGAGUUAAGAAGAUAGCAGAAAUUACCAACGAGAUUGGUUUGGUGUGGAAGUAUUGUCCAUCAAGUGAGAAUUUGGCGGAUCUAGGCAGCAGGGGAGCUACAAUUGAGAAAAUGGUAAAAGACGGAUGGUUCACUGGUCCUGAGUGGUUGUUACAUGUAGAACAGUGGCCCAAACAACCCCAGCUUAAAGUAACUACACACGUGAGCGAAGAGAGCAAACCCAGCAUGGUGGAGGUCUUUUUUACCAAAGAACGAGAGCCUGAUGAAUGGGAUGCGCUGCUGGAAAGAAGUUCGUAUUGGCGCACAUUAAGAGUUACAGCGUGGGCACUGAGAUUCCUGCACAAUUGUUUGGCGAAACGGCGUAAAGAGAAAAGAAAAUCUGGGCCCAUCGGAAACGAAGAAAUCGUGAAAGCAAAGAAUACAUGGGUGAUAAGGAUUCAGAAAAAUAUUAACCCAACUCUACAAACACCUGGCUGGAAAAUCUUCGAAGAUAAGAACACAAACAUUCUCAAAUGCAGGGGAAGAGUUCGGGGAUAUACUCCAACAUUUAUCGAAAGAGGAUUGUUUGCAGAGAAGCUUAUCACACAUACACACAAUCAAAUUAUGUACCUAGGCGUUGCAAAUACAAUGGCCGCCUUGCGAGAAAACUGGUGGAUCCCUCAACUAAGAUCGAAGGUAAAGAAGGUGAUAAAGAAUUGCAACGUUUGCAAACUGUACUCCACGAAACCAUACGGAGCGACAGCGACAAGUAACAUGCCUAAAUUUAGAACUGAGACCAGCAAGCCAUUUGAGAUCACUGGCGUGGAUUUUGCCGGACCGUUAAGGUACAAGGUCAACAAAAAGGAAGAAGGAAAGUGUUACGUUCUAAUCUUUACUUGCGCUGCAUGCAGAGCCGUUCAUUUGGAACUAACUAAAACUCAAGAAGCUGGUGAAUUUCAGCGAAAACUUAACGCAUUUAUCGCACGUAGAGGAAGACCUCGCUUGAUGAUUUCCGAUAAUGCUGCUACUUUCAAAGCGACUGCAAAGUGGACUAAGCUAAUUCGAAAAAGUGAGAAGCUUCAGGAUUUCCUCGCAACCCAAGAUAUCUAUUGGAGAUUUAAUCUGGCAAAGUCCCCAUGGUAGGGAGGCAUCUACGAGAGGCUGAUUCGUGAAAUCAAGAAAACCUUAUACAAAACCUUGGGAAAAUCACACCUAUUCUUUGAAGGUUUGGAAUCGGUCGUAUUGAACAUCGAAAGCAACAUGAACAACCGUCCGUUAACUUACGUAGAAUGUGAUGGUGGGGAGGAACAAGUCCUGACGCCAAACAUACUCAUUCGGGGAGAAAACUCUUACAUGUUCGACGAUGUUGAAGAUGAAGAAGACGAGCUAACCAAGAUGCAAAGAAGACUUAGAAAAGCAAAAGAUGAUGCAUGGAAACGAUGGAAGCGGGAAUAUGUGCAUAGUUUACUGGAGAGCCAACGAGUCAAUAACAAGGUUGUCGAAGCACCACAGAUUGGAGACGUUGUCCUGGUAGUGGGAGAAGAGAAGAACAGGGGAGAAUGGAAAAAAGGGAAAGUGCUUCGACAAGUUCGUGGAAAAGACGGUGUAGUCAGAGGAGUUGUGCUGUUGCACAAAGGGCAUACUAUUGAACGACCACUGCAGUUGAUCUGUCCGCUUGAGAUUCACUGCACACCAAACGAACGACACAAAGAAGUUGAAGAAAAGGAAUCGGAGAAAGAAAAGAGACCUCAGAGACAAGCCGCAAAGAAAGCAAUCAAGAAAAUAAAUGAACUAACGCAGGUGGAAGAGGACUGAACAUUUAAUAUAUACGUUGAUAUUCGGUUUUGAAGCUAUAAAAAUUAAACUUUAAUUUUUAGGGGAGUGUGUACGGAAUAGUGGACCCCCCCAUAUAAGUGACGUAAGCAUGAUUGACGUUUGCAUAAAAGAAACAUUAAGAGUAUGUUGA